AUGUCCAUGGUACCAUUGCAGCAUAAAGCUGCGGGUCAUGAGGGCCCUAUGCAAAGCAAUGAUGGGUCUUUAUUUGUCAAACCAACAACAAAUCAGGAGAUUGAAUUUUAUAAUGAAACUCAGAACAGAAAAAUGCAGUUGGGUCAAGAAGUGCCGUACGGGAAUUCAUUAUGUGAUUGGAUGCCUGAAUUUGUUGGUGUACUCUAUCCAGGUGCCUCAAAUGACUUGAUACGAGAAACAGGGGGGAAUAUUCAAAAAGAAUUACUCGACAAAGCUACAGAUACUUUGGAGUUGGAAGGUGAAAAUAAGCAAUAUUUGAUUUUGAAUAAUAGUCUUUAUGGUUUCUCCCAACCAAGUAUAAUGGAUAUAAAGCUCGGAUCCGUUCUAUAUGAUUCAAGUGCCAACCAUGAUAAGGUGAAAAGAAUGAAACAUGUCUCCGCAAACACUACUAGUGGCUCAUUGAAGUUUAGAAUAGCCGGAAUGAUAAUCAAAGAUGAUUUCCAGGGAAAACUACCAGCAGAAAUUCCUGGAAUGAAAUUAGAGGAUGUCUGCACUACAGAAUUUGAAAGAGGAUACCUUACAUUCAACAAGUAUUUUGGCAGAAAGCUUACAAAAGAUACCGUCGGUGAAGGAUUGAAAAUAUUUUUCAGAUACAACAAGUUGCCGGAAAAAGUGCAGAACCUUAUCAUACAAAAUUUUCACACCAGAUUACAAAUGCUUUAUAAUUGUUUGCUAGAUGAAGAGAUCAGGAUCGUAUCUGGAUCAUUGUUUUUUGUUUUCGAAAAUGAUAUUACACGUUGGGAGAAACUAUUUUUUGAGGACCCUAUAAUAGCACCUCAAAUGACGGUAGAAGAUGACGACGAUGACGACGACGAUGAGGAAGAAGAUGACGAGGAACUUCCUUACUAUACGCAAAAAGACGGAAAAAACAUGAUUCAGAUAAGAAAGGGCACCACGGAAGAUGAAUAUACCAGUGAUUCAGAGACCGAGAAUAGUGAUCUUGCACCGCUCAGUACACUGAAAAUUAUCGAUUUUGCUCAUGCAAGUUAUACGCCCGGAAAGGGACAUGAUGAAGAGAUAGUAUCGGGUAUAGAAAACCUGUUUGGAAUAAUAGAACAUAUAUAG